AUGUCCUUGGUGCACCAUGUCUCCCCUCUCGAUGGCGUCGACCGCGAACCAGAACCGGCCGACGAUGUAACCGACACCACGGCGAUUGACAACGAUCUCGAUUCGUUGGCACCAAUUAGACGCAAAAUUAGCUAUGAUGUUAUCCAGACAUCGCAACCGCCGGUGGUCGACGAUAAAUCUGGGACACCCGCGUAUAAAGUGUCUACGGCCACGCGCAUCGCCCAGGUGAUCGUGACGAUUCUGGCAUGCUGGUUCGCUGCAGGCAUCGUCUUUGGCUUCGCGGCGUUGAAACCGGUCAUGAUCGAAGAGGGUGUCUAUCGUAACCUAUGCACUGAAGACGAGCUCCGCGAGGGCGUGGAGUUGUGCCACGACCAAGACCUUCGAUUGAAUUUGUUCUUCGUCGUCAGCUCCAUCACCGCCAACGUCUCUUCUCUACCGGUCGGGACCAUGCUAGAUCGCUAUGGUUCGCGUGUAUGUGGUUUCGCAGGUUGCCUAAGUCUCGCACUGGGAAGCUUGUUGAUGGCCGUCUCUUUCCAAAAUCCUCACUUCGAUGGCUACAUUCCAGGGAAUUUCUUCCUCGCCCUUGGCGGGACGUUCAUCUUUAUUCCAUCUUUCCAGAUCGCCAAUGCUUUCCCCAAGUAUGCGGGUACCAUUGUUGCGAUGGUAACUGGCGCCUUCGACGCGUCGGCAGCCGUCUACUUGUUCUAUCGCCUUCUAUACGAAACCGAUCGCAAGAAAUAUAGCCCUACAAAUUUCUUUUUCGCGUACCUGAUAGUCCCCGCGCUCAUCCUCGUGUCGCUGGUGACAUUCAUGCCCGCGAGCGAAUACUCGAAUAUGCAGCAGCUCGAGGCAAAGGUCGAAAAGGCGGAGGAUGCAACCCGUGACGUUCACGAGUCGGACGAGGAUAUUGAGAGUGAGACGGAGCUGCAACGUGUACGGUCCGAGCGGGCGGAGCGGCGCCACGACAAGAUGCGGAAGCUUGACCAAGUCCUUGGAGAUGAGGAUGCAAGAAACCUGCGCAAACAGCACGAGGAAGAGCGGCACAACGCCAGUGCGGUCUGGGGUGUUCUCCAUGGACUGUCUGCGCGUGAGCAGAUGCUGACUCCGUGGUUCAUUCUUAUUACAUUGAUGACAGUGCUGCAGAUGCUCCGCAUGAAUUAUUUCAUCGCUACUAUUCGUUCCCAGUAUGACUACAUGCUGGAUUCGGCCAGCAAGGCCGAGAAGAUCAACGACUUUUUUGACGUCGCGUUGCCCGUCGGGGGUGUCUUCUCGACCCCGUUUAUUGGGAUGCUGUUGGAUCGACUCAGCGUGCCCAAGAUUCUCGCCACGAUCGUGCUUCUAACGACCACAGUGGGUAUCUUGAACUCUAUUCCCGCUCUGUGGACAGGCUACGCAACGGUUAUCCUCUUUGUCCUUCUGCGCCCGCUGUAUUAUUCCGCGAUGUCGGACUAUGCAACCAAAGUGUUUGGCUUCGCAACCUUUGGUCGCGUCUACGGCACCAUUAUCUGUUUCUCGGGCCUGGUCAACUUUACUCAGUAUGGGCUAGAUGCUCUGACACAUGGACCACUGCACGGUAGUCCCAUCCCAAUCAACAUUUUCUUUACUGUUUCUGGAUUCUUGCUGGGUGUUGUCCUGGUGACCUUCGUGGCUGUCGCUGGAAGAAACAUGAGAAGAAAGAGACGCAUGGAACUUGAAGAAGAGGAACGACAGAGACUGAUUCCCGAGGAGGAUGAAGAGAUGAACUAUAAUACCAUGGCAUAA